AUGCUGCCCACCGAGGCUGCUCAGAACCUGGCACCAUUCCAUGGAACAUCCUGCUCGGCUGGACUCCGGUUUCCGUUUGUAGCCCCCAACGGCUGCCAGGCCCCCUUGGCUGGUCGGGGAGGGGGGAGAAUGGGGGCAAGUGGAAGCAAAUGUGUGGGGCCUGACAGGAAACCCCCUAAAAGACAGCAGCAGCAGGAGGAGGUGGAAGAGGAGGCGGCGGCAGAAGCAGGGGACACCUUGCUGCACAUGGUGGCCAGGAAGGGUCACUAUGUCCAGGCCCAGGAGCUCCUCUCUGAGGGGGCCACAGAAGCCCUUCACUGCCAGGACACUGCAGGCCGGACGCCACUCUUCUGGGCCACGGAGAACAAGCACGAGCGGCUGGUGGAGCUCCUGCUGACCCACGGAGCGGACCCAUCCACACGUGACCACGAAGGGAAUAUCUGCCUGCACCGAGCAGCCUUCGUGGGCAGUGCCCCCAUCGCCCGGAUGCUGCUGGAGGCCGGCUCAGAGGUGGAUGUCCCCAACAGCCAUGGCAACUGCCCCCUCCACUUGGCGGCCCAGGAGAGCCGCUAUGAGUGCCUUGUGCUGCUCCUCGCCCUCGGUGCCCCUGUCUGGCAGAGGAACAAAGCCGGCCGUCUGCCCCUGGACUGUGUCCGGCGUGGCUCCACAUGCUGGAAGGCCCUGCGGGCAAUGGCCCCAUUGUCGUCGGACCCACCGGUGCCCCAGCGGAUCCUCAGCAGGGACAUCUCCCGGGGCUUCGAGGCGGUGCCCAUCCCCUGCCUCAAUGGACUGGAUGAAGAGGGCCCCCCCGGAGACUUCCUCUACGUCACACAGAAUCUAGUCUCAGACUCCGCAGAGGCCCCUCUGGGCGGAUGGGCCCGCAGCCAGUGCUGCACCUGUGGCCCCCGCUGCUCCCCGGACGUCUGCCCCUGCCUCCGCCGCGGACGCCAUGCCUGGUACUCCCCGGACGGCCGACUGGCCUUGGAUGCCACCGGAGAAACCCCCGGACCGGGCCCCGUGUUCGAGUGUCACCUACUUUGUUCCUGCGGCAGCUCCUGCCCAAACCGAGUGGCCCAGAGGGGGCUCCGGACCCAGUUGCAGCUCUACCGGACCCCCAGCAAGGGCUUCGGGGUGCGCACCAUGGAGGACCUCCCACCAGGCGCCUUCCUUUGCCAGUAUUUUGGGGAGCUGAUCUCCAGGGUGGAAGCGGCACAGCGGGAGGAGGAUGCCUACUACUUCCUGGUGGCGGCAGAGGCCGGGGGCGAGUGCUGCCUCGACGGGCACUUCUUUGGCAGCGUGGGCCGCUUCCUGAACCACUCCUGCCAGCCCAAUCUGCUGGCCCUCCCGGUGGUUGUUGGCAGCGAGAUCCCGGGCAUCGCCUUCUUCAGCGCCCGCGCCAUCCGGGCCGGAGAAGAGCUCGGGUUCGACUACGGCGAGGCCUUCUGGGCUGCCCAGCGCCGCCGCGGGCUCUACUGCCACUGCCGCGGCCCCCGGUGCCGGUACCCGCCCUUGCCUUCUCCUGCCGCCCCUUCAGAGACCCCCGGACCCUCCCGGAUCCCGCGGCGGGGCUUUGCGCUGAAGACCCCGUGUCCGGGACCCCUCCCCAGGGCAGAAGGGCCCAAGAAGAGGCGGACUGAGGCCCCCGCUACAACCACGGCACCCAGCCGCUGCCCUGUGUCCCUCUGUCCGCAUCCCGCCUGUGCCCCCGAGGGCCAAUAAAGCCCCGCU